UUACCACUGCCCUGUAGAAGCUUGUUGUCCGCCAUCACUGCAAGGUAGAAGCUAGGCAAAAAUUGAGAGAAGAGGAGUGACAACAACAGCGCAGAGAGACGGACCCAAGCCCAAGGGGAAGGUCGAGGGGGAUCUUUACCACUUUCCAUUUGCAGGCAUCCUUGUUGCAGCCUAAAAUAGUAUUUCAUGAUAACGUAGAGAAGACGGACGUACUAACUAAUCAUGUCCAACCUCAAAGGCGGCGUCAAGAAGGACACCAAGAUGAGGAUAAGAGCCUUUCCUAUGACAAUGGAUGAGAAGUAUGUCAACAACAUCUGGGACCUUCUGAAGAACGCUAUCCAGGAGAUCCAGAGGAAGAACAAUAGCGGGCUGAGCUUCGAGGAGCUCUACAGGAACGCCUACACCAUGGUGCUGCACAAACACGGCGAGAAGCUCUACACGGGCUUACGCGAGGUCGUCACCGAGCACCUCGUCAACAAAGUACGGGAAGAUGUCCUAAACUCGUUAAACAAUAACUUUCUGCAGACUUUGAAUCAAGCGUGGAACGACCACCAGACAGCCAUGGUCAUGAUCAGAGACAUCCUGAUGUACAUGGACCGGGUGUACGUGCAGCAGAACAACGUGGAGAACGUCUACAACCUGGGCCUGAUCAUCUUCAGAGACCAGGUGGUACGCUACGGCUGCAUUCGAGACCACCUGCGACAGACCCUGCUGGACAUGAUCGCACGGGAGAGGAAAGGAGAGGUGGUGGACAGGGGAGCGAUCAGGAACGCCUGUCAGAUGCUGAUGAUUCUGGGUCUGGAGGGUAGGUCUGUGUACGAGGAAGACUUUGAGUCCCCCUUCUUAGAAAUGUCUGCAGAAUUCUUCCAGAUGGAGAGCCAGAAGUUCCUAGCGGAGAACAGUGCCAGUGUGUACAUCAAGAAGGUGGAGGCCAGGAUCAACGAGGAGAUAGAGCGGGUGCUGCACUGCCUGGACAAGUCCACAGAGGAGCCCAUCGUCAAGGUGGUGGAACGGGAGCUCAUCUCCAAACACAUGAAGACCAUCGUGGAGAUGGAGAAUUCCGGCCUGGUUCACAUGCUCAAGAACGGCAAGACAGAAGACCUGGGCUGUAUGUACAAGCUGUUUAGCCGUGUGCCUAACGGCCUGAAGACCAUGUGUGAGUGUAUGAGCUCCUACCUGAGGGAGCAGGGCAAGGCUCUGGUGUCAGAGGAGGGAGAGGGCAAGAACCCUGUCGACUACAUCCAGGGCCUGUUGGACCUGAAGACGCGGUUCGACCGUUUCCUCCUGGAGUCAUUCAACAACGACCGACUCUUUAAGCAGACUAUCGCCGGAGACUUUGAGUACUUCCUCAACCUCAACUCCCGCUCCCCAGAGUACCUCUCCCUCUUCAUCGACGACAAGCUCAAGAAGGGAGUCAAAGGGCUGACAGAACAGGAGGUGGAGUCCAUCCUGGACAAGGCCAUGGUUCUCUUCCGGUUCAUGCAGGAGAAGGAUGUGUUUGAGAGGUACUACAAACAGCACCUGGCCCGGAGGCUGCUCACCAACAAGAGCGUCUCCGACGACUCUGAGAAGAACAUGAUCUCUAAGCUGAAGACUGAGUGUGGCUGUCAGUUCACCUCUAAACUGGAAGGGAUGUUCAGAGACAUGAGCAUCUCCAACACCACCAUGGACGAGUUCCGACAACACCUACAGUCCACGGGGCUGUCUCUAGGGGGCGUCGACCUCACAGUAAGAGUACUCACCACUGGCUAUUGGCCCACACAGUCGGCCACGCCCAAAUGCACCAUCCCCCCCUCCCCGAGACACGCCUUCGAGGUCUUCAGAAGGUUCUACUUGGCCAAACACAGUGGCAGACAGUUGACCCUCCAGCAUCACAUGGGCUCAGCCGACCUCAACGCUACCUUCCACGGCCCCAUCAAGAAGGAGGAUGGUUCGGAGGUAGGAGUGGGAGGAGCCCAGGUGACAGGCUCUAACACCAGGAAGCACAUACUGCAGGUCUCCACCUUCCAGAUGACCAUCCUCAUACUCUUCAACAACAGAGAAAAGUCCACGUUCGAGGAGAUCCAGCAGGAGACGGAUAUACCGGAGAGGGAGCUGGUGCGAGCGCUGCAGUCGCUGGCUUGCGGGAAGCCCACCCAGCGCGUCCUCACCAAGGAGCCCAAGUCCAAGGAGAUCGAGAACGGCCACGUGUUUACAGUCAACGAUCAGUUUACCUCCAAGCUGCACAGAGUCAAAAUACAGACAGUCGCUGCUAAGCAGGGCGAGUCGGACCCUGAGAGGAAGGAGACGCGGCAGAAGGUGGACGAUGACAGGAAGCAUGAGAUCGAGGCGGCCAUCGUCCGCAUCAUGAAGUCCAGGAAGAGGAUGCAGCACAACGUCCUGGUAGCAGAGGUCACCCAGCAGCUGAGGGCCCGGUUCCUCCCCAGCCCUGUGGUCAUUAAGAAGCGCAUUGAAGGACUCAUAGAGAGAGAAUACUUGGCACGGACGCCUGAGGACCGCAAAGUCUACACCUACGUUGCAUAAGAGGAGAGGAGCGUUGUGGGAGAGGAGAAAUGGAUUGAGGGGAGGUUUUUUUGGAGGGGGGGAGGGGGGGGUGUUGUACGCAUGGACUGGGAAGUUCCUUUUUAAAAGAUAAAUGCUGGGAAGCUGACUCCUCCCUUUACAAAAAUGGAAAAAAAACAGAAGUAAAUGGCAAAAAAAAAUAAUACAAAAAAAAUAAUCCAUGAAGUGUUGUAGAUUUUUUUUUUUAUCAGGCCAACUACUAUUACUCUUGCUCCCUGUGAGAAUUUCAACAUGGAUGGAUUCCAGCUUUUCACCGUUUUACCCUUGUAGAGAUCAACCUUAAAGAAUCCCUUGGGAAAGAUGUGAAUGCACCACUUUUUUUUUUUUUUUUUUGGUUUUCAAUACUGUAUAAAAAUGAGAAUGAAUUAUUAAAAACAAAACAGCAAAUGUGGAUUGCUGCAACAAAAAAAAAUGGAAUAUUGAGGUUUUAUUUCUUAACCAACAAUUAUUUAAUGCUGAUCCUUCAGGCUAAAACUAGCUACAAAAUCGUUGAAUUCAAGUGUGUGCGCGUGUGUCCUGAGUUUCAGACAGGGAUAUACUCAAUCUGUGUUUAAGGCCAAGUUCUUUAUUACCAAUGAAAGACAAUCAGGACAGGUAAGAGGUACUUAAAGCUAGAAUCCUUAUUAGCUACAUCUAUUUUUUUUAAACUUAUUUUUACCCAUUUAAUCUUAAAGAAAAAGCUUCAAAUUCCUCAUGAGCUCAGUUCAGCUAUUGUGUCCCAUUUUGUAAACAAAAACAUGGUUAAAAAUGUUAUUUUGAUAUCCUGGAUGGUCAGUCCUUGCAUCCAUAAGCUCUGUCUAUGAAUGAGUGGCUACAUUUUUUUCCAGGCCCGUCCCUCAGCUAGGAUUCUAGCUUAAGAGACAAAUGAGCGACCAUGAAUGUGUCAGGAUGAGCUAUCUACCACCUCAUGGCUGUUGGUCAUAUACUGAAACUUUGCAUUACCUUAACACAGUGAAAAGUACAAAGGGGAGAAUUCCAUUUACAUCAAUGACUGAAGUGAACAUUUAACUUUAGUGGAAGUUGGGAUUCUACACUGAACAAAAAUACAAACGGAACGUGUAAAGUGAUGGUUACAUGAGCUGAAAUAAAAUAUUCCAGAAAUUUUUCAUA